AUGAGCUUAAAGCAGAAUUAUUAGGAAAAAGAUAAGAAUGCGUAAUAUUUAGAGUGUUUUAACAUUUUGAAAUAGAUAUAAUAGAUUAAACCUGACAAGUUUUCUUAAAAAAUUGUUGAUACAAGUCUUAUCCUUCAGUUAUAAAAACUAUCUCAGAAAAUAUAAUAAACUAAGAAGCACUAACUUCAUGAAUAGACGACUAGAUAUUAAAACUACCUUCCAUCUCCAUAAUUUCAGUCUCCUUCAAAAGAAGGCAAUUUAACUAAUUAAGCGAAUAAGAUUUUACAAAAACUAAGCUAUAAAAGAGUGUUGAAAGAAGUUUUUGGAAUUAUGUGCUUACAAGAAUGUAUUUUUCCUUACUUUGAAUUCGAAGAGCUUAUUUAAUUAAGGUUAGUGUGUAAAUCAUUCUAGGAUGCUUUUAGUUAAUUUUUCACUUAGUUACUACCCUAACUUGAGCAAACUCUUAUCAGAUACAUAUUUAGAAACCCAGAUUUGGACUUAUCAGAACUAAAGAAGGCUGCUUAUUUCUAAAUUCCUUAUGAAAUCAGGGAAUGGGUUAUUUUAGAUUCUAGAUAAUGCUAAAAUGUAAUCGAAAAUACUCUUUAUAGAUAAGACAUAGAUUCUUUAAAGCAAAUCAAAAAAGUACCUAAGCAAUUCGAUGCUUCGUUUGCUCCUUUCUGCAUACUUUUAGGGAUUAAAUAACCGAUACAAUAUCAUAAAGGAGAUGGAAAAUUAGAAAUGAGCUGGCAUAGCUAGUUCUUAAAGAUAACUUCUUCAACAAAUAAUAUUUUAAAGUUUAUGAGUUUGGAUUUCAGCAAAAUAACAUAAAAUUAAAUAGAUGAAAUAAUAUUUUAUUUAAAUUAAUUUACUUUUCAGUAGUUAGAAAACUUUAAUUCAUCAGCUCUUAAGUUGUUUGUAUGGACAAGGGCAUUAGUUUCUCUCUAUCAUAUAGAUAACAUAUUUAAAAUAAGGAAGCCUAACGAAUUGAUAGGAAAAAUAGACAAUAAGAUCAUAGAAAGUAUGUUCAUCAUUUAGAAAGAAAAAGGAAUAAUUAAUAAAUUGAGAAGAAUAAUGAAAAAUGAUAAAAUGUUUAAAAUCUACUUAGACUUCAAUUAGAUUGAAAAACCCAAAGCUGUUUAGGAUAAAAACAUACAUUUUUUUAGCUUAGACAAUGCUUAGCUAAUAUAGCAAUUUUUAAAUUAUUUGACUCUUAAAGAUAUUUUAAAGCUAAGGUCAACAAAUACUUUUAUCAAGGAGCUAUGUCAUGUUUAUAUUCUUAGUUGUUUGAGUGAAUAAAUCACUUCUUUAGAGAGAAAAAAAAUGCUUCACAUUAAUUAGAUAUACCCAGUCUUACCUUCUUUAUAUGAAAAUUGUUUUUUUUCUGAUUUUUUUGAUGUCUCAUCUGAAAUUCUUAUGAAAAAGUUAUUUCUUGUUGAUCGUCACUCUUUCUCUAGAUUUAAAUGCUAAACGAAACCAAGCCAUUCUUUAGAAAAAUUUUGCAAGAUAGUGUCUAUAAUUUUCAAUAUUUAACCAUAAUAAAAUAGUUUACAAACUACACAAUAAACAAAAUAGAUUUCUACACUAUAAUAAACUAUGAACCAAACGCUUAAUCAAAGCAAUUAGAGAGAUCAAUAUUUCUAAUAUAUAAAAAACUCAAUCAACUCAAAAACAUUUGAAAGCUAAUUAAAAUAAUUUAAUCCCUUUCAUAUAAAUCCUGAAAAAAUAAAAGAGUGUGAGGAAAUAGCUUUUAGUCUAGAAAGUGAUUUGAUGAAGGAUCCUAAUUAAAUAGGUAUUAUAGAAGAUUUAUAAGGAUUAAGAUUGUACAUAAAUCUAUUAAUCAUUUUUUAUAGAGCUACUAUGCCUCUAGAUUAUUGCAAUUCUAAUAUAUUUUAAGAAAACCUCUUAGAUGUUUAUUCUGAUAUUUACAGUAUAACUGAUUCUUGUUAGAGGCUUUUCAAAAUUUGCUAUAACUUUUCUCUGCUUACUCCAGAAAAUAUGAAAAUUAUUGUCUCCUAAGCUUUUGAAUCUCUUUAGAAUGAUCACUAACAUCUUGUAACAUAAUUGAAGAAAAAGGAGUUUUCAUAAUUAAAACAUCUAUACCAAAGAGCAAGAGAUUCAAAAGAGUUAAAUGGGGAUAAAGUGUAACUUAUAAUAAUUGAGCUAAUAGAGAGAUAUAACACUUAGUAGAGAAGUAAUGAAGUGACUUAAAAAAUUAAGUAGGCUAAAGAAAAGUAGGAAAAAACAUAAAACUUUUUGAAUUAUUUCAAACAUUUCUUCUUGAGAAAUAUUUUAAAUUUUUUGCCUUUGUAGGAUCUAUUAUCAUUUGGAUUAGUUAGUAAAAAUGCUUUUUAAAUUUAUAAUAUAUAUUUACACUUUAGAAUUCACAUUGAGGCUUCUUAGAUAAGAAAUUUAGAGCUUAAAUUUGAAAAUUAAAUAAAGAGUAUUGAUAGAAAAAAGAGAAUUUACUUUUAAGAUUCUGAAAUUGAUUAUCCAAAAAAGGAACAUGCCAUUUAGCUUUUAACAGAAAUAAGUCUUAAGGAUGUUAGUAAUCUUAAAAGAAUAACUAAAUCAUGUGCAGGUUUUGACUUAUUUGCCAAGCCUGUUGUUGAGUUACUUAACAUUAAAUUAGAGUACAAAAUAGUGUAUUUGAAAAAGCAAGUUGAUUAUUGGACAAGUUUAUUUAAAUUUAUGCAAAUUAAUGAUUUUAAUAAAAUUCUUCAGGAGUUUUAAGUGGAAAUCGUUGAAACUGCUAAAAUAAAGAAAAUCGAAAGCUAUAUCAAGGAAAAUUAAAACUUCACAAUUCAAAAUGCAUUUAAAUUGAGUGAAUCAUUAUCAAAAUUAGUCAAAUGGAUUUUUGGUGUUUUGGAAAUACACAAAUUCCUGAGACGAUAUAGUUUAUGCGAGGAAUAAGAAGAAAUGAUGGAUAUUAAUGAGUUAAAAAUAGCUAAUUAUCUUGAUUUUAGAUAAAAGUAAUCUUAUAAAAUGCUUAGAUAUAUAGGCAAGCACACUGAAUACUAAAAAGAAUAUGAAUACUGGAGCCAAAUAUUCUUAAAAGAAAGCAAUAAAUAAAGAAGAUAAAAAGAAAUUUAAAUAAUUGAUGAAAGCAAAUAACCUAAUAGCAAAAUUAAACGAGUGAAUACAUAAGAUACUAAUUAAAACUUAAAAAAGAGCAAAAUAGAUGAAGAGGAUGAGGAAGAAGAUUCAAGCUCAUUUUAAAAUUAAAAUUAUAACUAUCUGAAUUAAUCUGAGCAAUUUAUAAAUUCAAAGCAACCAGUUUAGGAUUAUAAAAUGAAUAAAUCUGCAAUUUGA